AUCUUUUCACCUCCUCACCUCUCGUCGUCCUCCCUCAAAAUCCACCAUCUAGAUUGCCAUCAUGUCUGACGACGAGCAGCACAACCAGACCUUUGAGCAGGCGAGUGCUGGCGCCUCUGCCACCUUCCCUAUGCAAUGCUCGGCUCUCCGCAAGAACGGUCAUGUCGUUAUCAAGGGUCGCCCCUGCAAGAUCGUCGAGAUGUCGACCUCCAAAACUGGCAAGCACGGUCACGCCAAGGUCCAUCUUGUCGCCAUCGACAUUUUCACUGGCAAAAAAUUGGAGGAUAUCUGUCCCUCCACCCACAACAUGGAUGUCCCUAACGUCACGCGUAACGAAUAUCAGCUCGUCAACAUCGAUGAUGGUUUCCUCAACUUGAUGACACAGGACGGUGCUGCCAAGGACGAUGUCCGCGUCCCCGAAGGUGACCUUGGCAAACAGAUUCAAGCCGACUUCGAUGACGGUAAGGAUCUCUUGGUUACCAUUGUUUCGGCCAUGGGAGAAGAGCAGGCUAUCACGGUCAAAGAGGCUCCCAAGGGAGGCAACUGAUUUUGGUCCUCUCCGUCGUGCAUCUGCGUCUAUUUUCUCCCCUUCUCUCAUCUGUGCAUUCGCCCGUCUUACACGUCUACCAUCCUUACGGAUGUCAUCCCUUGUGCAUGUACUCUUUCAAAGCUCGAGUUGGCUUGAUCCCAUGUACUGCAUUAGUUCUCUCGUUUGGAGUGUCAAGUUGUCUGUCGCAGUGAUUCAGGUAGCAGUGGUAUAUUUUUUGACUGUGAAGUAGUAGUGGUAUCCAUAGACCAACCAUCAGUGGUGGUUUUGAUGUAGCUUGAAUGUUGAUGGUAUCAUCGAGAGCAUCGAGAGUCCAAUGAUAGCGAGUUGAAAGCGAGUAACAAGAU